AUGGCUUCAGCAUCUCUCGUAGGAAGUACCGGUCUCGUCGGCUCCCACAUUCUCUCGACCCUUCUCUCUCACCCCUCCAUCUCCACCGUCCACUCCCUCUCUCGCCGCGAUCCCAAACCCAGCACCACCUCUCCCAAACUCCAUGCCCUCACCUCCACAGACACAUCAACAUGGUCUUCGCUCCUCACCUCCCUCUCUCCCUCUCCCCUCCUCUUCUUUUCCGCGCUCGGCACGACGAAAGCGCAAGCGGGUAGUAUUGAAGCCCAGCGCAAAAUCGACUACGAUUUGAAUCUCGAGCUUGCGUCUACUUUUUCGCCGACCGCGGAGAAUGGAGAAAACGGACAGGAAAGAAAUAAAAUCUACAUCCUCGUCUCUACCCACGGCGCAAACCCCUCUUCCAUGAUCCCCUACUCCAAAAUGAAAGGCGAGCUCGAAGACGCGGUGAAAGCACUGCUAGAUAAGAAGGGAAGUAGGGUGAAACAUAUUAUUAUCCUGAGACCUGGGUUGAUAGUAGGAGAGAGGGAGGAUUCGAGACCGACGGAGUUUGUGGCGAGGAAGGUGGCAGGGUGGUUGGGCUGGGUCAAUCCGGGAUUGCAGGAUUUUUGGGCGCAGGAUGCGAGGGUUAUUGGGAGGGCGGCGGUGGAGGCGGGGGUUAGGGCGAUGAGGGGGGGGGAUGGGGAAAAUGGGGAGAUUCCGAGGGUCUGGGAGUUGGGACAGAGGGAUAUUGUUAGGUUGGGGAAGACGGAGUGGAGGGGAAAGGGGGAGUUGUGA